AUGCCCAACACGCUGGGGUGCCAGGAGGAUAAAUCCAUGGAGAGCACUGAGCGCUCAGAUAAAUACCAGCGGGACCGCGGGGAGGCAUUUGUGCUUGUACGAGGGAUAAGUGCUGUGUUAGUAAUGACCCGGAAAGGACAGAGCUACUUGGAGAUGAAGGUCCCUACAAGCAGAAGUGGCAGAAAUAGCGAGGAGGACAGCAUCAGGGAGGCCACGAGCUCGCAGCGGAGCAGCUCCAGGGACCGGCUCAGUGAUAGUUCUGCUCAAUCGCUUUCAGGAAGAGGCUACUCCUGUGACAGCGAGAGCGAUAUUGACGAUAAGACCUCAACGGAACUGGAGCUGACUCGUAUCAGGAGUGCCUUGAUAACAAGCAAGGCUUCUGUAGGCUCUGAGAAGCUGUUUUCCCCUGCAGCAAAUAAAGGUCCCACCUUGAAUGACAAGCCAGAAGCAAAAGCAGCCAAUGUCCCAAAGGUGUCUGGGCUAGAGCGGAGCCGGGAGCUGAGCACCGACGUGCCCUUCGCCCUGCCGAUCCCCAGCCCCCAGCCGGUAGCGGCCGUCGUGACUUCCACGUCCUCGGCGCCCACGUCGAGCGCCCGAGCGAGCCCGCUGCUGAAGAAGGAGCCCGUGAUUCCAGCACCAGCACCACCCAGGCUCACGCCACAGCCGCAGCCGCGGCCGCAGUCACAGCCACAGCCUCGGCCGCAGUCUCAGCCUCAGUUAAUACCUGAGCUUCGGAGCCAGCCUCAGAGUCACAUCCCUCCACCUCUCAACUACCAAGUGCAUCACCAGGUGGGCCACAACGGACUCAAUAAUAUCAGCCGGAGCAGCAGUGCGAGCAGUGCCACAAGCAUCAGCCUCCCGAAGCACCUCCCGCUGUCUCCGCAGAUUCCUCCUCACCAUUCCUCCGGCCCGGCUCUGCCCCUCUCCAUCUCCAAUCUUGCUACCUCGCACUUCUCUCUCAGAUCGCAGACCCAACACCAGCACCAUCCGGCCAUGUUCGCCACCCCACCCACGCUGCCACCUCCACCAGCGUUACCUACCAACAGCCUCGUGAUACCUGGUCACCCUGCGGAUCACGAACUGCUCAGGCAAGAGCUGAACAACCGGUUUUUGGUUCAGAGUUCGGACCGGGCCGCUGCCUCACUUGGCCCGGUGCCGCUGCUGAGAGCGGAGUUUCACCAGCACCAACACACGCAUCAGCACCAACACACCCACCAGCACACAUUCACUCCUUUUCCAUCCAGCUUGCCCCAGACGCCGCUCAUGCCGCCCUCUGCACCUCCCAUGUUUGACAAGUACGCUCCCAAAUUAGACAACCCUUACUUUCGACAUUCCAACUUCUUUCCAACCUAUCCUCCAGCAAUGCCUGGAAUGCCACCCAUGCUUCCACAUUCAGGUCCCUUUGGGUCACUUCAGGGAGCAUUUCAACCGAAGACUUCAAACCCUAUUGAUGUAGCAGGCAGACCAGGCACAGUCCACCACACUCUUCUGCAGAAGACUCCGGGGGUGUCAGACCCUUACAGGCCUCCAGUAAGAAAACCCGGAAAGUGGUGUGCGGUUCAUGUACAGAUUGCCUGGCAGAUCUACCAUCACCAGCAAAAGAUAAAGCAAAUGCAGCUGGAUCCCCACAAGCUAGAGAUAGGUGGUAAACUCGACCUGUUCAGCAGACCUCCCGCCCCUGGGGUGUUUCCAGGCUUCCAUUAUCCACAGGAUCUCGCCAGGCCGCUGUUUUCAACCACAGGUGCGACACAUCCAGCCACCACCCCGUUUGGUCCUUCACCUCAUCACAGCAGUUUCCUGCCUACUAACCACUUGGCAGAUCCAUUUAGCAGGUCAAGCACCUUCAGCGGCCUUGGGAACUUAGGCAGCAAUGCCUUUGGAGGAUUAGGCAGUCAUGCUCUGACUCACAACAACAUUUUUACCCACAAAGAUGGCCCAAACCUGCAGAAUUUUAAUAAUCCCCAUGAGCCAUGGAAUAGACUCCAUCGGACCCCACCAUCCUUCCCAACACCACCACAGUGGCCCAAGCCGACAGAUUCGGAGCGGAGCUCCUCAGUGACAAACCAUGACAGAGACAGAGAGCGGGAGCGCGAGCCUGAGAAGAGGGAUCUUUCUCUGGGUAAAGAUGACAGAGACAAAGAACGAGACCUCUUGGAUAAAAACAGACAUUCAAACAGAUCCUCACCGGCAUCAGCUCCAGUGACGCAUCAGAUAAGCAAUCUCAUCCGCAGCAACAGCCAAACUUCCAGCGAUCCCCUCAGGCAGGUUAGCCUUGGUGACAGGGAGAGGUCCAAAGAACCAGAGAGAGAGCACCCUGACCGGCUGAGAGAGCCACCCAUAGCAGAACACAAGAUCAAGGAGAGCCGUUCGCCAGUGAAGGAAACUCCAAGCCAUGAUAAGAGACCCUCUGAGGACAACACGAAGCCAGUAAUCCAGUCUGUAUCCCCAUACAGCAAACCUGCACUAAGCGAGAGCUUGAAGCUUACCAAUCUAAUGAACAAGGAAAUGGAGAGAAAGACAGAGCUUCCCAGCGACCUCCAGAAGAUUAAGAACGACAUCAAAGUCAAAGAGGAGAGGAAGGAAGACAGUGAUGUACUGGUGGUAGGGUCUGAACCUUCCCAGCACUCCCGAUCAGUGGAGCAUCCCCCACCACCUACUUUGCAUGGAUUAUCAUUGCCUCACUCGAUGGCUGCCUCUAUGCCCAUCUCCAUGGGCAGCGUUCACCAGAUGAACAACAUGAAUGUGCUGGACCGCAGCAGAAUGAUGACCCCGCUCAUAGGCAUGAAUCCCUUGUCGGGAAGAGAGAGGCUGCCGCACCCUGGAUUUUCUUGGGAUCCAAUGAGGGACCCAUUGCGAGAUGCCUACCGGAGCUUAGACCUGCACCGUCGAAUGGACUUCCAGCUCCGGACGGAUCCUAUCCAUAGGUUCCCUACCACCUCUGGGUUUUAUGACCAUGAGCGUUCGUACAGAGACAGGGAGCCACACGACUAUAACCACGAAAACCUUCUCGAAGCCCGCCGGGAGCAGGAGCGGUUGCGGCAAGUGGAGGAGAGAGAGCGCUUGCACUUACGGGAAGAACUUGAGCGUGCCAGAAUGCACCACUUGCACUCGUCCCCCAUCGAAAGUCACCUGGCACACGUGCCAUCCUUCAUGCCUCAUUUAAGCGGGAUGCAUUACCCCAGACUGAGUCCAUCCACUGCCAUGCACAACGGGAUCUUAAACAGGAACCCGCCGACCGCCGCGCUGAGCGCCCCGCCGCCUCUCGUACCAGCGAGCAGCACCAGACCUGCCUCCCCACGCAGGACUACUCCACUCACAAACUCAGAGGCCAGGGACUAUUCCCCCUCUAGGAACCCCAAAGAAGUAGAGGCACGAUAGUCCCCAGCAUUGAAUUUUAAACUCGCCUGUACAUAAAA